GUAGAAAAUUAGACGACGAGAGAAACAGAGAAAGUUUGACAGUUUUUGUUCCACUGAAUCGUCUGAAACAAUCAAUAAAUUCAUUGUGAAGUAUUUUGUAGGUGAUAUUCUAGUCAGUAAAGAGGAACAUCAACAGUUCUUGACAGGUGUUCAGUGGACUGUUCAGAUGAUGUCAUGGACUCCACAAAGGAUCUCAGUGGACAGACAGACACAGGGAAGGUCAAGAGUGUCAUUCAUGGAGAAUCUCCUGAAUCCAGCUGUGUGUCCAUGAAGAGUGACCAGUCAAUUCAUCAUCCAAUUUACUUCAGUUCAGGAGAGUCUUUGAUCAACUACAGAAACAAACAGGAUGCAUCAGAGUCAACUGCUGGGAAAGUGCCAUUGGACUCCUUUUUUGAGGAACUUGAGCACAAAAUCAUCUCUCUGAUGAAGAAAGAGCUGAAGAGUUUCAAGAGACUACUGAUCUCAGAUUCCCCAGCAUGCUCUGAGAGAGAGGAGGAGGAUGAUGAAGGUCAGAGCAGAGUCAGAGAGGGGUUUCUGAAGAUCACACUGCACGUCCUGAAGAAGAUGAAGCAGACAGACCUCGCUAACACACUUCAAACCAAACUGAUUUCUGUGCAUCAACAAAAACUCAAAACAAAACUAAAAGAGAAAUUCCAGAGAAUUACUGAAGGAAUGUCAAAUCAAAGCAGCUCAACACUUGUGAAUGAGAUCUACACAGAGCUGUACAUCACAGAGGGAGGGAGUGCAGAGAUCAAUAAUGAACAUGAGGUGAGACAGAUUGAGACAGCAUCCAGGAGAGCAGAGACACAGGAAACACCAAUCAAAUGCAAUGACAUCUUUAAAGCCUUACCUGGUCAAGACAAAGCCAUCAGAACUGUGCUGACUAAAGGAGUUGCUGGAAUUGGGAAAACUGUCUCUGUGCAGAAGUUCAUUGUGGACUGGACUGAAGGAAAAGCAAAUCAGGAUGUUCACUUCAUAUUUCCACUUCCUUUCAGAGAGCUCAAUCUGAUGAAGCACAAACAUAUCAGUCUGAUGAAUCUUCUUCAUCAGUUUUUCACAGAUACAAAAGAACUGAGAUCAACAUUCCUUGAUGACUACAAAGUCAUUUUCAUUUUUGAUGGUCUGGAUGAGUGUCGACUUCCUCUAGAUUUCCAGAACAAUUAUAUUUUGUGUGAUGUGACAGAAUCGGCCUCAGUGGAUGUGCUGCUGACCAACCUCAUCAAGGGGAAUCUGCUUCCUUCUGCUCUGCUCUGGAUCACCUCUCGACCAGCAGCAGCCAAUCAGAUUCCUCCUGAGUGUGUUGACCAGCUCACAGAUGUACAAGGCUUCAAUGACCUUCAGAAGGACGAGUAUUUCAGGAAGAGAAUAAAAGAUGAGCGUCUGGCCAACAGAAUCAUCACACACAUGAAAUCAUCAAGAAGCAUGUACAUCAUGUGUCACAUACCAGUCUUCUGUUGGAUUUCAGCCACUGUUCUCCAGAGACUGUUGAGUGAAGCAGAGAGUGCAGAGAUCCCCAAGACUCUCACUCAAAUGUUCACACACUUCCUGAUCUUUCAGAGCAAACCGAAGGGCCAGAAGUAUGAUGGGAAAUGUGAGGUGGAUCUUCAGCAGGCUAGAAAGAGGAUUCUGUCUCUGGGAAAACUGGCUUUUCAACAGCUGGAAAAAGGGAACCUGAUCUUCUAUGAGGAGGACCUGAGAGAGUGUGGCAUUGAUGUCAGAGAAGCGUCAGUGUACUCGGGAGUUUGUACCCAGAUCUUCAGAGAGGAGUUUGGACUGCACCUGGGGAAGGUGUUCAGCUUUGUGCAUCUGAGCGUUCAGGAGUUUCUCGCUGCUUUAUAUGCUUUUCUUUCCUUUUAUCAACAGAAAUCAGGUCUCUUCAGUAAGUUUAGGUCAUCUAUGAGUGAUUUCCUGAAGAGUGAAGUGGACAAGGUCUUACAGAGUGAGAACGGACACCUGGACCUUUUCAUUAGAUUCCUUCUGGGUCUGUCACUGAAGUCCAAUCAGACUAUCUUAAGAGACCUACUGACACAGACAGGAAGCAGCUCUGACAGCAAACAGGAAAUAGUUGAGUACAUUAAGAUGAAGAUCAGGGAGAAUCCCUCUCCAGAGAAAUCCAUCAAUCUGUUCCACUGUCUGAAUGAACUCAAUGAUCAUUCUCUAGUGCAGGAAGUACAAACAUAUGUGAACAGAAGAGAUAUCAAUUGUCUCUCUGGAGUCCGUCUCUCUCCUGCUCAGUGGUCAGCUCUGGUGUUUGUGUUGCUGAACUCAGAAGAGGAGCUGGAUCAGUUUAAUCUUAGGAAAUAUGAUCCAUCACAUGAAUGUCUUCUGAGGCUGCUGCCGGUGAUCAAAGCAUCCAGAAAAGCUGAUUUGAUGGGCUGCAAUCUGACAGAGAAAAGUUGUUCAGCACUGGCCUCAGUUCUCAGCUCAAACUCCUCAAGUCUGAGAGAGCUGGAUCUGAGUAAUAAUGUCCUGCAGGAUUCAGGAGUGAAGCUACUCUCAGAUGCACUGAAGAGUCCUCACUGUACACUGGAAAUACUGAGAUUUGCAGCUUGUAGAUUCACUGGUCAGUGCUGUGAAAGUUUGUCUUCAUUUCUACAAUCAUCAAAAUCCCUGAGAGAGCUGGACCUGAGUAACAAUGACCUGCAGGAUUCAGGAGUGAAGCUGCUCUCUGAUGCACUGAGGAGUCCUCAAUGUACACUGGAAAUACUGAGAUUUGCAGCUUGUAGAUUCACUGGUCAGUGCUGUGAAAGUUUGUCUUCAUUUCUACAAUCAUCAAAAUCCCUGAGAGAGCUGGACCUGAGUAACAAUGACCUGCAGGAUUCAGGAGUGAAGCUGCUCUCUGAUGCACUGAGGAGUCCUCAAUGUACACUGGAAAUACUGAGAUUUGCAGCUUGUAGAUUCACUGGUCAGUGCUGUGAAAGUUUGUCUUCAUUUCUACAAUCAUCAAAAUCCAUGAGAGAGCUGGACCUGAGCAACAAUGACCUGCAGGAUUCAGGAGUGAAGCUGCUCUCUGAUGCACUGAAGAAUCCUCACUGUAUACUGGAAAUACUGAGAUUAUCUGGCUGUAUGGUGACAGAGGAAGGCUAUUGUUCUGUGGCAUCAGCUCUGAGAUCAAAUCUCUCACGCCUGAAAGAGCUGGAUCUGAGCUACAAUCACCCAGGAGAAUCAGGAGUCAAGCUGCUCUCUGAAAGACUCAACGAUCCAAACUGCACACUGGACAAACUUAAUGUGGAUCAUGGAGGAGAGUUCAGGAUUACAGCUGGACCACGCAAAUAUGUCUGUGAUCUCACACUGGAUUCAAACACAGUACACACUGAACUCAUUCUGUCUGAGGGGAACAGGAAGGUGACACGUGUGAGAAAACGUCAGUCAUAUCCUGAUCAUCCAGAGAGAUUUGAUGUGCAUCGUCAGGUUCUGUGUAGAGAGAGUCUGACUGGACGCUGUUACUGGGAGACUCAAUGGAGUGGAGGGGGUGCUGGUAUAUCAGUGUCAUAUAAAGAAAUCAGCAGGAAAGGAUGGAGUGAUGACUGUGAGUUUGGACUCAAUGUAAACUCCUGGAGUCUGUGGUGCUUUAAUGACAGAUUCACUGUCUGGCACAAUAAUAACAGCACUGACAUACGUCCCCCUUCACACGACUGUAAGAGAGUAGGAGUGUAUGUGGACUGUCCGGCCGGCACUCUGUCCUUCUACAGCGUCUCUGACACACACACACUCACACACUUACACACACUCAUCACCACAUUCACUCGACCCCUCUAUGCUGGAUUUACAAUUUAUUCUGAUUCCUCAGUGUGUGUGUGUGAAAUUGAUCAUCAGAGACACACACACACAACUGGAUGAGUGAAAUAUACUCACUGUAUCUCACAUCAACACAACUCCAAACUCUUUCUAGAAAUCAUUUCAUCAAUUAAACUGAUUGAAUUCAAUACAAUGACAGUACUUUGUGACUGUUAUUUACUA